UGCUUGCGGUUGGUUCGUUGGUUGUUGAGUGCAACGAGCAAACUUGUUAUUUGCUUGGAAAGUGAAAAAAAAUAGUCCAUUUAUACUUUUUGAUUAUGAAAAUUGUGUUGAAUCAGUAAUCAUGUUAGGCCAGGCUUCUACUGAAGCGUUGCUCUCAGCAACCUAUGUAGAAAACUACUUAGAUUGUGUGGAAAAUCUGCCGAAUGAUCUACAACGACAUUUAUCGCGUAUGCGAGAGCUGGACGUAACUUACAGAGAAUGCCUUCGUGAUGCUGAAACUCAUUUAGCAGUAUGCAUCGGUGCAAACACAGAAGAGCGUCGCCGCGGGCGCGCCGCCAUGCGCUUACAGAGUGCUCUCGUUGCGGCACAAGAGAUCGGAGAUGAGAAACUACAGGUCGUACAGCUGUUGCAGGACCUCAUUGACAACAAACAGAGGUCGCUCGAAGCUGACCAUAAGAAGCUGAUUUCCUGUCUGGAAGUGAACACCAACGGCACGACCAAGGAGGAGCCCGCCCCAGCCCCCGAGCCGGCGCGCAACGAGAAGGAGCCCAGCGCGCCACCCGCGCCCCCCGUGCACGCGCCGCCGCCCGAGCGCGCCCCCGACAAGAAGGAGGACAAGGAGAGGGACAAGACUGGAGAGAGAUGGUCAAAGCGGGCUCGGCGUUCGCGAACGGCAACCGCUGGCGCCGCUACAGACGGCGCAGAUUCUAGCGAGCGGGACGAACAGCGCCAUACCCACAACACAACACAUAAGAAAACUAUAGGCAAAAAGAAGAAGCGCAAGGCACGUCAAACGGCCCAGCGGUCAGAGACGCCCCCGGAAGAGACGGACGCCAUCGACCCCGACGAGCCGCGAUACUGCCUAUGCGACCAGAUAUCCUUCGGCGAGAUGAUCCUUUGUGACAACGACCUCUGUCCGAUAGAGUGGUUCCACUUCUCUUGCGUCUCCCUCAUCACAAAACCCAAGGGAAAGUGGUUCUGCCCCAAGUGCCGAGGUGACCGACCUAACGUAAUGAAGAACAAAGGACAGUUCCUUAAGGAGCUAGAACGGUAUAACAGGGAGAAGGAAGAAAAAGCAUAGUGUUUACUCAACAUGAAGCGGCGUACGAGGUCCGCUAUGAACUCUUGAAGUCUAGUGUUUCAAAUGUGAUUUCAGUUGUAUGAAAAUAUUGAGUUUAGAUUCUUUACAAUAUGCCUGUUAUACAUAAGUACCUACUUUUCUAUGAAUAAGAGUGAGAAUAUGUAAAUGGUUGUCGCUGAGAAUCUGUAUUAUUAAGUAGGUAUGUUGCUUUAGAUUUAAAUGUUCUUUAUUACUUUAGUUCAAUGAAGUACAUGUAAAUAGAAUUUAUGUUUGUCUCGUACAGAAGAAAAACUGCGUGAAAGUCGCAUUUAUUUCAGCUAUUUGUAAUAUAUGGACAAGAUUUGACGUUUUUCGAAUAGAUAUAAAUUGAAUAUAAGAUUAAUUUAAA